UUGAGCUUGGAAACGUAAACCGUUCGGCGCAAAAAUUCAAACAGAGCAGGAAAGAAGGCUGCGUCUGGCUUUGUUUCCAUUAACGAAAAAUCUACCAUUAAAGCUCCGCACCGGGACAGCGAUAUUUUUACACGAGUUGGUGGAAUCACCUAAGAUGAGUGCAGCCUCCACACCUGCAUCCCGAGUGCGUCCAGGAUGGCCGUCAUCUUCUCUGCAAGGCAAGGGUCUGUCUCCUGCGGCCUGCAGCACCCCGCUGCUGUCAGCCUUUCCAGGCAACGACGAUGAGCAGGAGCGGCGCCAGCGCAGGAGGUCAAGGGUCAUUGACCUUCAAUCCGCCACAGAUUCUUCCUUCACUGAGACUGCAUCUCACAGUGCUUUCGGGACUCCUGCUGCUGUACCGAAGCUUUCAAAUGCUCAAAUUUCAGAGCACUAUUCAACCUGCAUAAAACUUUCUACUGAGAAUAAAAUCACCACCAAAAAUGCUUUUGGUCUGCAUUUGAUUGAUUACAUGGCGGAUAUUUUAAAGCAGAAGGAUUCUGAGCUCACUAACUUUAAGGUGGCUGCUGGCACUUUAGAUGCCAGUACAAAGAUCUAUGCUGUGAGGGUGGAUGCUGUUCAUGCCGAUGCAUACAGAGUGCUGGGGGGUCUCGGGGGUGAGACCAAACCAGGAGAGGCUCGUGCUGCAGAAGCAGGGAAUGAGGAUGACGAUGGGGAGGAGGUGACUGCAAAGCAACCAAAGAAGAAAAGGCCUCCGAAGAAGACGGUGGAGCAGAACCUGAACAACAUCAACAGUUCUGAAUCUGAGAGGAAGUGUGAGGUGGACCCCAUGUUUCAGCGGAUGGCCUCAUCCUUUGAUGAGACCAGCACAGCAGGUGUCUUCUUGUCAGUUUUAUUCAGCGAGAACAGUCGCUGUGAGCUGCUCUUUCCCUCUCACCUGAUUCUGCUGCAGUCCACACCAUCAUACUCUCCUCCAGCUCCACAGAGCACACCAGCAUCCCCGUUCAUGGCUGGACUGCAACGGUCUCAAGAGAAAAGCUCCAUCUGUCCGUCAUUACAAGACUUUUCCUUUACCAGUUGGAACCCUGAGCAGACCAUGAAUCAGCUGCUGGAAAAGAUGAAAGAAGGCGAACACGUGUUUGAUGUGAACGCUGAUCCUGAUCCCGAGCCAGAGGAAGAUGAGGGCCUUGAGUUUGAUGCCGAUUAUGAAGAGGGUCAAGUUGACAGUCAAGAAGGGUUAAAGGAAUACAAGGAGGGUUGUGAGGCAACUGGCUCUGGAAAAGGAAGAGAUGUGAUUCCCAUUGGAGAAGGGGACAUUUCCACUAUGUGCCUGCAGCUGUCUUCUCAGCCCAGAGAAUACUCGUACUUCAGCCCGAGGACCAUGGCCACGUGGGCGGGCCCUGGGUACUGGCAGUUCAAACCAAAGCACAAAUUGGAUCAUUUGCCUGACAAGGAGACACGAAAAAGGAAACCUAAAAAGACCUUUGAAAUAGACUUCAGUGAUGACGUCAACUUUGACACCUUAUUUCGCACCUCAAGGGCAGCCACCACAAAUGUCAAGUCUGCACUCAGUACCACCAACAAAAAAACUACUUUACCAACAGAUUUCCAGUUUCCACCAGAGACGCUCUCCCAGCUCAGCCUCAAACCAUCCAGUUCGUUGUGUCAAGAAGGGCAGAAGAGGCUGUCAGGAGAAGUUGGAGAUGGCAUCGGUGAUUAUGACUACAACAACGCCAACGACACGGCCAACUUCUGCCCGGGCCUUCAGGGGGGUGACAGUGAUGACGACGAUGUUGAGGGGUUUACUGGUUCCGAUGACAUCCAGCCGUCAGGUGGUAGUGAAGCUCCACCCUCACAAGACCUGGAGGGUGUGUCCACCUACGGGGAGGAUGAACUGGUACCUGAGCCUCACAGAGUCAACAAAAUUGAAAUCAAUUAUGCCAAGACAGCAAAGAAAAUGGAUAUGAAGAAGCUUAAGAACAGCAUGUGGACUCUUUUAACAGAUAGUCCAGAAGAAAAGGUGAAGGAGACUGUUGAGACUCAGGAUGUGUGUGGGGAGAAAGCCUUCAGUCAGACCACAAAGAUGCUGCUUCAAAGGUUGCCGAACGUUAUGGCUCAGAACCUGUCGGUGCCGCUGGCCUUUGUGGCUCUGCUUCAUCUGGCAAAUGAAAAGAAUUUGGAGCUGGUCAAAGUUGAUGACAUGUCAGACAUUAUCAUCAGACAAGGCCGCUAAGGAGAAAACCAGGAGAUUUUUUUAAAUUCUGUCCUCUUCUUUCUUUGAAUUUAUGCUUUUUCUAUUUAAAAUGUCAGGUUUUAUUCACUUUGUGCUUAAGUUUUAAAUCUGCCCUUUUUUCCCUCAUAAUGACAAGACGACCUUUUUUUUAACUCUGUACUAUUUCAUGAUUAUCUGUUGUGUAGAUAAAAGAACUUUUCAACCACUGCUCAAAAGAUAUAUAUUGUCAAAAGAAAUAAAAUGUUUUUUUUUCCCAUAAA